AUGGCCGGUGGGACGCCAAAGAGAACCGCUGCCAAGAGUAGCCACUCGUCGUCUGUGGCUAAGAAAGCGGCGAGGAAUGCCAUGUUGAAGGUCGCUGGAACUACCAAAGUUUCACCGACUCAAUUAGAGCGGGUGGUACAGUCAGUGAACGAUGCGACAAAGAGGCUCUCGCAGCCAGAUUCCAUCUUAAGCACUAGUACUACCACCAAAUCGUCCAAGAGAAAGUCACGGGACACUGUGGGGCCUUGGAAGCUAGGCAAAACGCUGGGAAAAGGCUCCUCAGGUAGAGUGCGCUUGGCAAAGAACAUGCAGACCGGACAAUUGGCUGCAAUUAAGAUCGUGCCCAAGAGGAAUAAUCUACAGUCCAAGGACGAAGUCUCUUCAACGCUUUCAGUGUCCUAUGCUUCAAACUGCUCUAACGCCUCUACCACGUUGAAUACGACAGCGAACAACUACAAUAAUGCUGGACAUAGUACUGUCGCUUCGAAUUCAUACGGAAUAGAACGUGAGAUUGUCAUCAUGAAACUUAUAUCUCAUUCGAACGUCCUAGGGCUCUACGAGGUGUGGGAAAAUAAGGCUGAGUUGUAUCUGGUUCUCGAAUACGUCGAUGGAGGGGAACUUUUUGAUUACCUUGUCUCAAAGGGGAGAUUGGGCGAGCGGGAAGCUGUUCACUACUUCAAACAGAUAAUCCAAGGCGUUUCAUAUUGUCACUCUUUUAACAUCUGUCACAGGGAUCUGAAACCCGAGAAUUUACUGCUGGAUAAGAAGAACAAGACAAUCAAGAUAGCCGAUUUCGGAAUGGCCGCUUUGGAAGUAUCCAACAAACUGUUGCAAACGUCAUGCGGCUCUCCACACUAUGCUUCUCCAGAAAUUGUUAUGGGCAAAUCGUAUCAUGGUGGGCCAAGCGAUGUAUGGUCUUGCGGUAUAAUACUUUUCGCAUUGUUAACUGGUCAUUUGCCAUUCAAUGAUGACAAUAUUAAGAAACUUUUGUUGAAAGUGCAGUCAGGCAAGUACCAAAUGCCUCAGAAUCUUUCAGCGGAAGCCCGCGACCUCAUAGCCAAAAUCUUGGUCGUCAAUCCAGCUCGAAGAUUGACUACGGAAGAGAUUCUGGCACAUCCUCUGAUUGUAAAAUACGACGGUGUAGCGAAGCCGAAGAAACCUAGAGCAAUGGGCAACCAUAUGGCUCAAGGGAAGUCAAACUCAGACCUGCAUCUAUUGAACAGUUAUGGGUCCAAGACCAUAUCAUUCACCUCAAAGAAGGAUAUCGAUGAAAGUAUCUUGAAUAAUUUACAAAUCCUGUGGCAUGGGGCAGCGCGAGAGCUCAUCGUGGCUAAAUUACUGCAGCCAAAGAUGUCUGAGGAAAAGAUAUUUUACGCUUUAUUACUAAAGUAUAAGGAGAAUCAUAUGAAAAAACAGCCAGCUGACGCAGAACAGCCCAAGGAACAAAUUUUUAAUGUUCCCACAGGGAAAACUCAUGGAUCGGAGGAGAGUCAAGAGAAUACAGGCAUUCCAAAGCUUAUCCAAAAAUCUGAAUUUAGUGUGCCAGUGAUCGAACAGGAAGGUAAUGAUGAGACAGUACUACCUUUACCAUUUGCCUCAAUCCCUCCUGCUAUACCCGUGUUCACUGCAUCCAACUCCCGUACUUUCAAGAAAAGCGGCUCUCUUCUUUCUUUGCAAUCACAGAAAUCCUUAUCUGGCAAGGAUCCGCUCAGAUCUUCGUCAAGGAAAUCUUUGAGUAGAUCAAACUCCAAAAAGACAUUACAAAAGUCCGCGUCGAAGAGGUCGCUGUACUCUUCAGCGUCCAUUUCAAAAAGAUCCCUGAAUCUCAAAGACUACGUAUUGACUGAUAACGAUUUCGAGUCAAAUCAACUCCCUCCGCUGCCUUCUCUCGACUCGACCAAUGGGUUUGAGUACCUGUGCGAGCAACUACUGUUUGGUAACGGAUUGGACAAAAUCUUAGAAGAGGAAGAAGAGGAAGAUAAGAGCGUCGCUUCCCGUAGGGCAAGAACGGGAUCAAGCUCUUCCAACACCGCUUUCCGGGGGGAUCUCAAUGAUGAUGGGCUCUUGUCCAUCAAUGAAAGUUUCAGGCCAGCCUUUCUCUUCAGCAGCGAAAAAUCUGUCGAAUCGAAUGAUCGUAUGGACGACAAUCGGGCUAAAGAAUUCAUGGCUAAGAUGCCUUUGCAAGACAUUACUAAUACACAUACCCAGUCCAGAACUCCCCGAAGCAAGCUGAAAAGAGACAUCUCUCAGAAGUCGAACUUAAGUAACAUUCUGGAUCACAAAACAAUCAAGAAAGAGUAUGAUUUGUCGUCGAAUUCUGGAUUGCGCGCGUCGUCUGUCGGCCAGCAUUCAGAUCCUGUUCAUUCUUUGGAUCCUCGUCGCAAUGUAUCCCAACCAGUUUCCUCAAAUGUUGUAGAAUCAUUACUAAGAGGCUUUCGGUCAGCUUCUGGGUCAAAGAGCAGAGGAUCUGACGCCGAUUGGGCAUACUCUCGAGGCUCGAUAUUUCGUGAGGAAAACAAGUCUACCAACUUUUUGGCAUCACCACUCGGGCAUGAGCAGCCUUCGGCGAAAGAAAGCUAUAUGGAUGCAGAUAUUAAAAGUUCAGAACUGGAUUUCUUGGCGCACUCAAGUGCUGUUCAAAAAGAUCACUCCGAUCUGUCUCACAUCAGCUUCAAUACAUCAGCAACUUUCAAAGACCUUGGUGCGUAUCUUCAUGAAGUAAAUGAAAGCUAUGCUUCCCAAACGAGAAGCUCCUUGAAGCCUAAAUCUAGGAAAGCCACGAUAAAAACUGAUUACUCUAGAAAGAACCUCGCGGUUAGAAGAGGAAAUAACAGCUUAAACAGUAAGGGACAUCAUAGUCAUAAUUGUUCCGUUGCAAGUUAUGACGUUGACAUAAUGUCAGACAUGAGCUUUGCGAUGGAAAUUCCGACUAAUACUUUCAGUGCUCAAGCUGUCACCAUUUCGAAUCGAGGUUCUGCCGAGCAGGUCAUUGCCGAUCGUGAGAACAACCAGGCAGAAUACCAAAAAGAAUCUGCCAACCUUCUCACUUACACUCCAACAACAACAUAUGAAGAGAAGAAAAUGAAUAUAUUCGAAGAUCCUCCAGUAGAAUCAGAUUCGAUAGAAGUUACUUCAUCUGAAAGCGAUUCAUCGCCUAAUAUUCAUCGAAAAGCUGUAUCAAUUGAUACUUUGAACACCACGAACGUUUUACCGCCCACAACGAACGUGAGGGUCAGUCUCUACGUCAACAAUAAUCAGAGUUCUGCAGCAGCGUUGCCCCGUGAAACGACCGAACAAAUAAUCUCCAAAUUUAAGCUUUCACCUGAGAAAACCUUGGAGCCAGUUAUUCAAAAGAGAUUCUCAAGUGCGGCAAGCAAAAAGGAUUCCUACAUUUUGCACAGAUCUGAGAGCAAGCUUGCGAUGUUUAAAGAUAUUGAUGAGGAGGAGGAAGCUCAACAUUCUGGGCCAAGUGAUAUACCCAAUACAUCCAUCAAGGACAGCUCUAGCAAUCCUAGGGCUACACAACCUUAUAGAGUGACCAUGUUGUUUGACGGUGAGGAGGCUGAACAAGACGGCCCGGCUUCUAGCGAACCGCUGGCUCAAGAAAGCAAAAGUACUGCACCACAUGAUUUUGAUGCAAAACCAGGUAAAGGCCAUACACUUGAAGCUGCAGUCCCGAAGCGUGAAAUCAAACAAAAGCCAGCUAGUCAAAGCUUGUCGUCUAGAGACGGCCGGCCUAAGCAAAAUUGGAUUAGUAGAAUUUUUGGUGGGUUGAAACAGAAGUCUGAUGAACAGAAGUUUGUCAAACGCCAUAUAACGUCAAUCUCAUUCGAUGAUGCGCACACGCUAACCUUGAAUGAGUUUGACAAGAAUGAAAUCGACUAUCUGCUAAAAACCUGUGAAAGAAGAGGGGGCCGGGAAAAAGUGGAAUAUGACUGCAAAUUUACCACUGGUAAUUUCAAGUUCAAGAUCAAGAUCGAAAGCGAUGCUUCUACUAUCAUUACUGUCAAGAGGAAAGGAAGAAGCCGAGGCCAACAUGCAGCAAGUGCCUUUGAAAUCUUCAAUGGUGAUGUUGCGAAAGUUAUAAGUCAGGCAGAGAAGAAAACGGCAGCGGCGUGA